AUGGACUACAAGAGCAACGCUUGGAGCGUCUACUCGGAUGCGCGCGCGCUGCUGGCCGUGGGGCUCGGCGUGGCCCUCGAGGCGCUGGCCCGCUGGCUGCUGCGGAGGCGGCGGGGGGCGGGCGGGGCGGCGGCUCUGGUGCGCGAGGUGCUCUUCUUCCCGUCGCGCGUGACCUGCGUGGAGGCGCUGCUGGCCGGCGCGGGCGGGGGCGCGCCGGGGCCGUGCGCGUGCCCGCUGCCCCACGGCGAGAGCGCGCUCAGCCGCCUGCUGGCGCGCGUGCUGUCGGCGCGGCGCUCGCUCGAGCUGUGCCUCUUCGCCUUCUCCAGCCCGCCGCUGCGCCGCGCCGUCGUCCUGCUGCACCGGCGCGGCGUCCGCGUGCGCGUGGUCACCGACGCCGCCUACAUGGCCGUGCGCGGCUCCCAGAUCGGGCCCCUCCGGCGAGCCGGGAUUCAGGUCCGUCAUGACCAGGAAGACGGCUACAUGCACCAUAAGUUUGCGAUUAUUGACAAGAAGAUGCUAGUCACUGGCUCCUUGAACUGGACCACUCAAGCAAUUCAGAGCAACCGAGAGAAUGUGCUGAUAGUGGAGGAGAAAGACUGCGUGAAUCUUUUCCUAGCGGAAUUUGAAAAGAUUUGGGAAGACUACAAUCCAGCUAAUUAUGUGUUUUUCCCCCAAAAAGAAAAGGAGGUAUUGCAGAACUAUAAAACCUAACAGAUGACAACUUAACAGUAAAUAUUUUAGUUUAAAGUGAACUGCUGAAGAGGGAGAGAGCUGCUCGAAAAGCAUGAAAAUAAAACAAAAAGAAAUAAAUCAGAUUCAUAGGA